CGUCCCAACCACACGCAAUCAACAGAGCACAACGACAUACCAAAUCUGCAAACAAAAUAAAACUAAUACAAGUUUUCAACGAGAGAAAACAGAAGGGAAGGUUGAAGGUGGUGAACAAAAAACACCGUAGCCAUUCACCACCAUCACCCUAACCUAACCUAACCUAAACCUAACCUAGCCUGACCUUUGUUAAUUUUUCAUUUUUCACAACCAUCGACCCAUCACCUUUGUUUUACAAAGAUCAAAAUUAAAUCAAUAAAAAUGAGGGUAUGGGAGAAGGCCAGUGGAGCCAUCAAGGACAGGAACAGCAUAUGGGUUGCAAAAUUCUCGCGAAAAGGUCCAUUCCAUAACCCUGAUUUGGAAACGGUGAUAAUCAAGGCCACGAGCCAUGACAAUCACCACAUAGACAUGAAGAACAUGCAGAGAGUGUUCCAAUGGCUAAGAACCUCACCCUUGUACCUGAAACCUCUCAUAUGGGCUCUCUCCAUGCGCAUGCAAAAGACUCGAAGCUGGGUUGUGGCGCUUAAAGGCUUGAUGCUCAUUCAUGGCGUUUUCUGCUGUGACAUCCCUGCGGUGCAACGCAUGGGGAGGUUACCCUUUGACCUAUCAAACUUCUCCGAUGGCCAUUUGAGCCCCGCAAAGGCUUGGAGCUUCAACACAUUCGUUCGUGGCUAUUUUGCGUAUUUGGAUCAAAGGUCAGCGUUUGUGUCCUCCGAGUUUAAGUCCAAACAGAAGAAGAAUGACAAGGAGGUGGAGGUGGUGGAGACGUUGAUGGAAGAGCUUGAGAAAUUGCAAAAGCUGCAAGGGUUGAUUGACAUGCUUCUUCAGAUCAGGCCCCGGAAUGAGAACCUGAAUAUUGGUCUUAUUCUUGAAGCUAUGGAUUGUGUUAUAGUUGAGGUUUUUGGUGUGUAUAGUAAGUUUUGCAACAGGAUAGCCAAGGUUUUGAUGAGGAUAUAUGAAGUAGGUGGGAGGGUGGAAGCGAGCAUUGGCCUCAAGAUUCUGCAGAAAGCAGCCAUUCAAGGGGAGGAGUUGUCUUUGUUCUUUGACUUUUGUAAGGAUAUUGGGGUCCUCAAUGCCUCUCAGUGCCCUAAGGUUGAAAGAAUUUCCAUGGAGGAUAUUCAAGAUCUUGAGAGGAUAAUCAGUGGUACCUCUACCAACAAGGGUAAUGGUGUGGCCAAUGAUGAGGACAAGGCUAUUGUAUUGAGAGAUUGUUCUUCUUCCCUUGCAAACUUUUCGCCCCAGAAGGAGUCAGAGAAUGGUUUGAUGACUGUGAUCACUCACCAAUGGGAGGUGUUUGAUGAUGAUGUUAUAAUGGCCGGUGCUAAAGGAAUGCAUUGUGUCUCUAAUGGUGCAAAGGCUACUGGCAUCGCAACCAACCCUUUUGUGGAAUCAUAUAGCAUCGUGCCUUAUAUUCCUGCUCACACUCAACCUCUUCCUGAUCUAAUUAGUUUUUAGAAACAUAGAACCAAGGUUUAUUUAUUGUUCCUUUUUCACUUCACUAGAUUCAUUAUUCUAUAUGUAUACUUCUGGGGAAAGAAAAUAUGAGAAAGUGGAAUCCAAAGGGGUGAAGUUCUUUUCAUACAUUCUCUUCUCCACAUUAGUAGAAGAACUUGUUGAGGGAAUUUCACAUUGAUCAUUAUGUCAACAAACCAAUAACGAUCAACCUUUUUAACAAAAUUCACAUUCCAUGCCUUGCUAGGAGCACUUUUCUUUGAUGGACUUUUGACCAGGCUGUUUUGUCGUAUAAGUCUCCCCAUUAACAUGUAGUAUGUUUGAUUGAACUUCCUACACUGCAAGCUUGAGAGUUUCAAACCCAUUGGAAUCAUGUUCUUGUGUUAUCUACCAGGAUUGAGCAGGAUUAUAUCUUAUUCUUUGUGAACUGAUGAUAAUUGCUAGUUGCAUUUGUUUCUCCAUUAAAGGUGGCCCGAGGAUCAUGAAGAACUCUGAUAAAAGAUUUGGGCUGUCUACUAAGGUUACAAAAGCUCCAGUGAAUUAUCAUCUAGCUAGAAAUGAGAUGGGAACCAGCAAAUCCUAUUAGUGUGGGUUUUUUGCAAGAGAUGAACCACUAUGCGCUACACACAUUGUUAUAUACUAGGAUUUUGCUUUGUACUUGAAAGAUAUGUUCAUACCCAUUAUUUAGACAUUUUUGUUGCAACUCUUUGCUGGACUCUUG